CAAGCUCAAUGGGAGUAUGUAAAGUCAUUCUGGAAUAAGGUCGAGCUCGAACAAAUCGAAGAGAACACAAAGUUAUCGGAAAAGAAGUUGGAUAAAAUCGAGGCAGGGCAACAAGUCCAAGCAACCGAAAAUGCCUCAAACCAGAUAAAUGUAAUCCAGAAUAGAUUUAUCAACAGGAGCAAGAAACGUGGACAUGGCUUGCAGGUCGAUGAGGAGACAUCAAAAAGGCGUCAAACGAGAAGUGGGAGAGUUACUAUACCAGAUUAUCAUGAAGAAACAGAUGAAGCAUCAAGUUCUGAUGUCAGUACUCCUGAAUUUUCCUCACAAGAAAAUAAACCGGAAACUAUGCACACAGAUGAAAGCCUCUCCCAAGAAAGCGAAAAUGCAAUUGAUAAGGGAUUGGACAUUAUUCGAGAUGAUGUGAUGCUACAAAAGAAAAAUUUUUCGAUUUAUAAAGAACAAGAUCCUGAUGGUGAACUAAUUGAUCUUCGACUAAACUCACCAUUUUUUAAAAAACCUCCAAAACCCGCCAAAGAAUGGCACUGCAAAAUCGACGAUUUAAAAUCUCCUGAACCGAAUGAUCCCGUGAUGACUGCAGUAGUGAGAGCUAUACGUCGUACCUUACCGCAAUUUAUCAAGGCAUUUUCACUCGAGGAUCAAAAUCCUCUUUUAAACAUUUCAACAAUUGAAGGAGCUUAUCUUAAUUCGUUUGUUCAUCCAUGUUUUGACGCCUUUUUAUGGUAUAUAGCAAAUGUAAAUUACGAGUAUGGAGAAAUUACAUCGAAAAAACAUGUCAAUAGUAAUCGUGCAGAUGGUGCAGGGUUCAUGAUAGAUGCUGACAAGUAUCAGCUCGUUUACGUGGAAGGUUCGAGACCGGUAGCAAGGGAUGAUAAGGAAAUUGGCGAUCUACAAAAAAUAACAAGUAAUUCGAAGAUGUUUGCAGAAAUUGUGAAGGAUAUUGUUAAAAACAGAAAGCGUCUGCCGAAAUCUAGCUCCUUUGGAGUUGUUUCUGAUAAUAAUUCAUCUAUUUCAUUAUCUCAAUCGGAAAUUAUCUCAACUCAACCAGAAAUAUUACCUAUAAAUAGUUCACCUAAUACUAAAAUUAUUGCCAAAGGCAGUCACUCAGUGGCUAAAACGGUAACAAAAAAGUCUAGUAAAAAAAGAGACUCUCAAAAGGUUAAAUCCCUUAAUAGUAUACCAGAAAGUAAUACACAAACUAGAGUAGAAAAAUUACAAGAAUAUAGAAAACAACUUCAAGCUGAAGAAUCUGAGACUUGA